AUUUCUUUCUUUUUACCUCUUUGCCUUUUUCCCUUUUUUCUUGUUCGAUUCCCAUGGUGGAUAAUCAUCACAAGAAUAUUACUACUCAUAUCACCUAUGCUUCACUUUCCUCUAACCCGACAAGUAAAAGUGAAGUGGCAAUUACUCAUAUGCCCUCUAGUUCUACUAUCAUCACACCCUCUUAUGUUACUACUGCUACUGCUGCUACCAUCACCUCGUCUGUCCACACUAUCUCAUCAGGAUUACCCACGUCAAUAACAGACACGAAUGAAGGAGAAGCAUUGUUGCCACUGAUAGGUCCAUUAGUAGGGGCUAUCAUUGGCUUAGGGUUAUUAACAUUUAUUACACUCUACUGUAUUCAGCAGAUGAGUAAACCAAGAACGAAAAAAGAAACGUCAUGGUCUAGUUUAAACAGUAUCGAGCAAGGUCCUCCUCCUCCUGUUUAUACGCCAGUGGCAACACCAACACCAGUCAAGGAAAAAAGGUUGACAGCUGACACAUUGGUCGAUCCAUCCUCCUUUUCGAUGACGAUGCUCAAGUCACAAUAUUCACCCCAACUCGCACUUAGUCCCAGUUUAGUUGCAGGAGAGCUACAUCAUCAUCAACAGGAGGAAACGAUUCCGCCCGUACCUAAUCAUCAUCAUCAUAAUAAUAAUACGAUAUUAUCACCUUCCAAUACUCUAAUUGAUCCAUCUGAUUGGAUGAAUCAAGAGAAAGUGGAAGCAUAUGAUCCACAAUUACAGUUAGAUAAAGACAACUAAUAAACUAUAUAUAGUAAAAGAGUUUAUAAUAUUGCUCAUUCUUUUAUUUUGUUCGCUGCGUUCCAUAUUUGC